AACGCGCAGGAAAAAGGAGGUGUGAGCCCUGGAUCUGCUACACAGAAACUCAGGUGGAGAUGGACUAUUCCGGAACAUGAUCCUCUGAGAUCCAUUUCAGUUCCAGCAGCGUCGGCUCAUUUCUGUCCCGGGUCCCGGUAAAACUGGACUGGUCCCGCGGGAGCUUUUUGGAGGAAUGGGUGCACUGCAGUCUUUACCUGGUCAGCCCGAAUACAUUGGCCUGGCGGAGAAGACGGGGUUUUCACUUGAACAGAUUGGAGUCCUACAUAAAAGAUUCAAACAGCUGAGCCACAAUGAAGAGACUCUAAGGAGAGAUCACUUCAACGAAAUCCCAGAUCUUGCAUGCAAUCCCAUCCGUGCACAGAUCAUAGAGGCUUUCUUUGACAGAAGAAACCUUCGUCAGGAUGGUGAGGGGACGGUUCAGGAGAUCGGCUUUGAGGAGUUCCUGGUGGUCAUGUCCCAUUUCAGGCCCCCGUCUCUGCACAUGACAGAGGAACAGCGAGAGAGCGUCCGGAGGGAGAAACUGAGAUUUUUAUUCAAUAUGCACGACACAGACAACGAUGGGACAAUAACCCUCGAGGAAUACAGACACGUGGUAGAGGAGCUGUUAUCUCGCAGCGGGGCACUGGGGAAGGAAACGGCCAAAAGCAUUGCUGAUGCAGCCAUGUUGGAGGUGGCUAGUAUUUCAAUGGGUCACAUGGAGCCCGAUGAAUUCUAUGAGGGAAUUACAUUUGAACACUUCCUCAAGUUGCUGGAUGGCUUUGAAAUUGAAUCAAGAAUGAACAUUCGCUUUUUGAAUAUGGACACAACAACCCUGUGCAAGUGAGGUUGGUACUCUAAACUAUUCAGUGGCUUUGCGAGGACUCCGAGGAUGCAUACUAAUUGUUUCACUAUAACAAUAACUAUUGCUUUUUUCCUACACCAACUUUUGUCACUUGCAUUGACUAUAUGCCUUACUUGUGCUUGAAUAACUAUGCAAAUCCAAAGAAAAUAUGCAUAUUGUGGAUAUAUUAGGAGUAGUUUAUUUGACUGUAAGCAAUAAUGUGAGAUAAUAAUCAACCUGUUAGUAGCUGAACAAAGCAAUAAUCAAAUAUCCAUGUCUGGAGUAACAGACUAUGUACAGUACGACUAUGUAUGCAAAUAUAGAUUCUAGAUGAACCUUUACAAAUGUUACUCCAUAAAUCAAUAACUCUCAAUAAUCAGGGAUAUAAGGGUUUGUCUUUGAAAGUAUCUAUAUGUGUCUAAAGAUAGUAAGACAAUAAUUUGAAAUGCCUUCACUCUUACACUCUGCAGCAUAUUUAACAUGGUGCACGCCCUGCACACUACAUUUGCACAAUAAAAGACCCCAUGAAACAGGUCAAACAUGCAGUUCAUGAUGUGCAUUUCUGAUAAAAAGGAAAUGGGAGUGCUGUCAUGCAAGAUUAAAUGCUUAAAGGCAGAAUCCAAUUAGUUCUAAUUUCAGAGGAGGAGGUGAUAUACUGCAAGUCGUAAUAUAAAGUGAUUUAGUCAGAUCCGUUUUAGCUCCAUUCUGCUUCACCAUAACUGGAACCAUAACUUAUUUGUGUGCUCUGUGUUAUAUAAUCUCAAUACAAUAUUUUAGAUUUGGAAACUUCUCUUUAACAAUGCAGUGAAGUCAUAACCCAACAUGUGUUGGAGAAUAUGGAAACUGAUUAUUAGAGCUCACUUUCAAUUACGUUUAUUAACAGUUUAAAUAUUACUUAGCCUUAGUCUUAGCCUUAAUAGAUCAUAAGAUCAUGAGAGACAAUGAAGCUUGAUAGUUGAGCAUUUUAUGUUUGCUCUAAGUACACUUAGCUUUUACAGCUUCAUUGUGUCAGAAGUUUCAAGAGCUGUUGUCCGUCCUUUUACUACAAGAACAGUGAUCUCGUGUAAGCCUUUUUAAAAAGGCUCAAAAUCCUUGACAGCAAAGUGGAAAAUGUUUAAAGAAAAAAAUCAAUAUGAAAGCAAUGUAAGAAUAAAUGCAAGUGGAUUAUAAGUGGGCAGAACCCCUCUCUUACAAAUCUUUUUCAUUUUAUGGAAAGCUGCCAUUAUUCUCAGAUUAUCUAUACCGGCCUGCACUGACUCCGUAACCUAAAAUAGUUUUUUCCUUCAAGACGUUUGUCACAGCUUUUUAUUAAGUUACUGUACCGACUGGUUCAGAAUCUGUAUUGUAUGUUAGAUUUAUGAGUACACUUCAUUUGUAACAUUUCCUGUACAUGCCAAGUGAUAGACUGUUAAGAAUGCAGGAUACCCAGUAGCAUUUCCGAUGCACUAGUCACUAUCCUCAGUCAUGGGUGCGUACUGCCCUCUACAGUUCAAAACAUAUAAAGCAUGUCAAGUGAUAGUGAACUUGAACCUGAUUCACUAAUGAAAUUUUUAUGCAGUUUCGGAUCAUGUCUAAUGUAUGAUGCAGUGUUUUUUAACAUGGUGCAUGUUGGGUCACUUUUUUGCAAGAUUUAAUCAAUUUGAAAGAUUAGAUCUGUCACCUACACAUCCAUGACAUUAUAUUAUUUAGGUUU